GGGAGCCGAGCCGUGGGCGGCAUUGCCAUUCGCGACUGAAUGAAACACCCACUCGUCGUAGUACGCUGCGCGAGGAUGAUCCGGGUCGCCUCGCCCUAAUUAUGUGGAAACCAGAGAGACAGAAGACAAAAUAAACGCAACUGCCGAAACGAGACUAGAAGAGCUGAUGGUUCCACCCUGCAACCCAACUCGACUCUGAGAGGUGCAGGCUACGCUCGUUCCGUCCGGGCCCGCAACACGCAGCACUCAGCGCGCACGCAGCAGCCAUGAUAUCGCCAGCCAGCUGAUGCGCCGUGGCCGCUGCCAGCUGCAAACCUCUCCUGCUGCUCAUCUACCUUUCUGUCUCCAUGAAGACGUAGAGACGCAAUGAACGACACCGACGUGGUGCUGAACGGCACGGUGCCGCCCCCGGCGACGGAGGUGUCGGGCCGAUACUCCAUCCCGGAGAUGGUGCUCAUCGCCAUCGUCGCCGGCUUCCUCAGCCUCGUCACCGUCGUCGGGAACUCCAUGGUGAUGAUCUCGUUCAAGAUCGACAAGCAGCUGCAGACCAUCAGCAACUACUUCCUGUUCUCGCUGGCAGUGGCCGACCUGGCCAUCGGGCUCAUCUCGAUGCCGCUGUUCACCGUGUCGACGAUCCUGGGCUACUGGCCGCUCGGGCCGCACAUCUGCGACACGUGGCUGGCGCUCGACUACCUGGCCAGCAACGCGUCCGUGCUCAACCUGCUCAUCAUCUCCUUCGACCGCUACUUCUCCGUCACACGGCCGCUCACCUACAGGGCCAAGCGCACCACCAACAGGGCUGCCAUCAUGAUCGGUUGUGCGUGGGGGAUUUCGCUGCUCCUGUGGCCGCCCUGGAUCUACUCGUGGCCGUACAUCGAGGGCGAACGCACCGUGCCGGACAACGAGUGCUACAUCCAGUUCAUCGAAACCAACCACUACAUCACGUUCGGCACCGCCAUUGCCGCCUUCUACGUGCCUGUCACCGUCAUGUGCAUCCUGUACUGGCGGAUCUGGAGGGAGACGGAGAAACGCCAAAAGGACUUGCCCAACCUCCAGGCGGGCAAGAAGGACUCCAGCAAGCGCUCGAAUUCCAGUGACGAGGCGGUCGACCUGGAAGACUGGAAGCGGUCGCGGUCGGAGUCGAGCACGGCCCCCGACGACGGGGAAGGCGGCUACAUGGGCCGGCCGGGCGCGCCUUUCACGUGGCGGUGGAUGCGUGCGUGGUGCGCGGCGUGGUGGAGCUCCAGCCGCGAGGAGGAGUGCGCGCCCGACCUGGAGGACACGCCCAGCGACAUGGGCUACGCCACGCCCGUCAGCGUCGAGACGCCGCUGCAGUCCAGCGUGUCGCGCUGCACCUCGCUCAACGUCAUCCGAGACCCCUUCAGCGCGGUGCACACGCCCACGCGCCACGGCCACGCCCACGCCGGCCGCCUCGCCGCGCGCUCCGUCUCCAGCGACUCGGUUUACACGAUCUUGAUACGGCUGCCACCGGACUCGGCGAGCUGCGACUCGACGGCGGACCAGCCGUCCAUCAAGAUGAUCGCGGACGACGGCAGGGCGGCGGCGGCGACGCUGACGCCGCUGCGGGGGCGGGCGGCGGCGGCACGCGCCGACAGCGGUGACUACUCCCUGAGCCUGCACCCCGCGGGCGCGCCCACGGCCUUCCCGUCGCCCGCCGCGGCGCGCCGGCCCUCGCACAUGCCCGACAUCCGAAUUCCGCUCAACGCCAAGAUCAUCCCCAAGCAGCUGGCGCCCGGCUCCAAGGCGCUGCUCGCCAACGCAGGCCCCAAGCUGCAGCAGCACCCCAAGAAGAAGAAGAAGACGCAGGAGAAGAAGGCCGACAAGAAGGCGGCCAAGACGCUCUCCGCCAUCCUGCUCACCUUCAUCAUCACGUGGACGCCGUACAACAUUCUAGUCCUGCUCAAGCCCCUGACCGCUUGCACCGGGUGUAUACCGGAAGAAUUGUGGGAUUUUUUCUACUACUUGUGUUACAUCAACAGCACCAUCAACCCCGUGUGCUACGCUCUCUGCAACGCGUCCUUCCGGCGCACCUACGUCCGUAUUCUGACGUGUAAAUGGCACAACCGCAACCGGUGCGCAAUGAAUCGCGGAUUCUACAACUGAUAGGAGCCGAACAGGGAGGCGCUCCAGAUGCGCACUCCCGUUACCAACAGACAUUUUCCGUGAAGGCGUCGGCCGUGAGAUCUGUUCCCACCGAGACGGAUAAUAAGAGUGGAGAACGCCUCCGACUUACCCACUCGCUCGUAUUAUCUGCGAAUGGUUUUCAUUGAGCAGUUACCGAAAGUGACACCAAUUAUCUUAGUACGACCAAAUUGUACGCUGCGGAAGUUACACCGUUUCACACAAAUGCGCAUACGGACAAACUCCUGUGAUGCGGAAGCACGGUCGUGGUACAUGUCUGAAGGGAGCUGGUCAUCAGAAACGCUUUCUGCAGUAGUUGCAUAUUAGAAGUGUGGUAUUUUAUCCGGACAUUCGCAGAAUAGUAAAAGGAGUGCUCCACAUACCUACAGACCCUACGUAAAAAAAAAAUCCUUUGUACGUUCUGUGUUGUUUGAAUUUCGAUCCGAUCAAAUUUAGAUAUUACCGCUCGUCAUCUGCCUUGUCGUGGUUAAGACAAUACUUUUAGAUUUAGACUCAACGUAGUACGUCGAAUUUUUGUAACAAAACUAACGAUGGCAAAACUAUGUACUGAACAUAACGAUAGAGCUCUUUUAGCACACUCUGCGAGAUCAGUAAGCUCACCUUACGAACGUUGAAAAUCUGAUCCUUGUGAAAUCGUUUUACAAAACAUGUUUCAAGUAGAUACGAAUAUUAUUUCAGAGCAGUAAGUGAUGCAUCGUGCAUAUACAUGUUUUAGACUGCAAAUAAAAAAAAUCCUACUCGAGACAAUAGAAUACCAUACUUCUACUGCGAAAUUAAAACACCAGUCUAUCCGGUCAGAUUUCUCGCCACGAAGUUAUAAUUUUCGAAAAGUGCAGUUCAUUGUUGUAAUUUCAUUUUCAACAGAUUUUAGCCCUGUAGCUUAGUGCUUCCUCUGAACCAGUUUACUGAAUUUGUGCUAAAUACAUCGAGUAAUUUUUUAAAUUAAAAAUGCGCUAUUAUUUUCUAAUAUAAAAUCGAUGACUGUACUGUGACCGGAGAUUUUCUCCUGAACGAUGUGUAUUGUGUAUUGAUAACCCAUACUUCAAGAUUGCAGCACACAAUGCGAAUAUUGGUAUGUUGUUAUUAUUAACGUAGUCUAACAUUGUGGAUGCAAUAAUGUGGACUCAGUUACGUUUACCGAAGUGAAGAGAAAAUCUGUGCAUUAAUAAACCGAGUUGAACACAGUGUUUGCGAAGCGGAUUACGAGUAAAGACACUGGUGUGUGAGACAGUUUCCUUGUCCUUCUUUUUGACAAGACGUUAGGAGAUUUUUCCCUCCCAUAAACACAAACGAAACACAGCUUUAAUAAACAAUUGUCAGACUGAGAUAUCUCAACAGAUUCUGUGUAUCAAUCACUAAGGGAUUCGCUGAAACCAUUUUUUUUAAAUUGUAAUUCUUGUUUCUUUUUCAAUAAUUCAGUCAUUACGGAGAAAUGUCCCAUAUGAGCUUCCACUCAGUUUUAGCGUGUCUUAUUUAUUAACAGAGCUUUAGAUGUGAACGUUGUCUUUUAUUUACAAACUUUAAUAUACCAAAACCUGGAAGAUAAAGAUCGAUUUACAAACAAGGAAUUUUGAAUGUGUAUACAUGUGCCUCUGAUUAUGUAGGAGAGCCUGUUGAUGUCAAAAGUAGGCAUGCUUUCUUGGUGGUCUGAAUAUGAAAUACAUAGUAAAUGUUCCCAGCUGUUUUAAAAUUCAUUUAUUAAUCAAAUUUUAGAAAAAAAGCCAUUGAUAUGUAAUAGGGUAACUCAAAAGUUACAAGCUGUUAACAAUUGAUGUAUUAUAAUUUACUUUAACAUUGUUAUAAAGUAAUUCAGACCAGUGUGUGAGCCAUUUUGCUGUGUACAAGUGAUAUAAGCAACAAAUUAAGUCUUCAAAAGCAUGACGGGUCAUAUUAAUAAUAUAUAGCAUUUAUGAUACAAUAUAAAGUGACAUAUAUAGAUGUAAACUGGUAUAUGUCUAAUAAAUCAUGUGAAAAUAAGGAAAUUGUACAGAACUAAUGUGACCAUGAUCAAAAUUUCUGUAAUUAUAUGAAAACAUAUUUAAAAAAUAGAAAACUAUGUGCAUAUAUCAAAUACCAUAUGAAAUACCCCAUAAAAAUUCAUUCUUACGUUUACAAAGAUCCCUGAAUCAAUGUACUAACAUGUCUAUUAGAGCAUAUGCACAUCACCAUGUUAGACACGAAAUUAAACAGCCACAGAACCAUAACCACACAAAACCUUAUAUGAAAAAGUUAACAAGUACUCGUAUCCCGUAUUUUUCACCAUCAGUCAAAUGGGUAUUUCUAGAUGUUGUGGUAUUAAAAACUAUCUAAACUCUUUUACUGGAACAUUGAAGAAACAGUCUUAGAUUGAGAAGUGUGAAUUAAUACUCACCUAUAACAGUUCGAUAAACUUUGGCUAAACAUGUGCACAGAUGUAUUCAGUGGUUGCAUUUGUAACAUCCCAUGAACAAUUUCCUUACUUUUGAGCAUGUUUAUAUUUUGGCUAGGAUUAAAUUGGAUGUGUCUUAUAACAUAGGUGUUCCUCAUAAUCAUAAAACAUUAACAUAAUGCCCAUGUCAUGAAGGGGUGCAUGCCUGAGUGUCAGUAAGUACAGGUUGUAAACAUAUGUUGAAGUACUGUAAAGAAAAUCUGAAUAUAUACAUAUUAUGAUCCAAUGCCCUGCAUAAUAUAAGGACCACACGUCAUUGAUAUGCAGACCUGAAGGAUUUUUGUAAUAUUACUUUCAGUAUCAUAAUAAUGUCAUUGUAUUUUACAUUGUCUUUCAUAUGUCAUAACCAAUAAAUUCAUGAUGUUUUCAGGCAUUUGUAAUAUAUAUUUAUUAAAUGUCAUUUAAAAUUCUAUGAUCCCUUAUCAUCAUAUAAUAUAUUGUAUUUGUAUUAUCCAUUUGAAACCGAUGUCAUUGUUGUCUCUCUUGUUAGUUUUGCCACACAAGUAACAUUUCAUCAAUAAAUUUCUCUUUGCUGGCUGAGGCACUUACUUGGGAAAGGUAGUAUAUACCAAAAAUGAAAUUUUUCUGGAAAAACAAAAACUAUUUGUAGUGACUUUGACACUCAGUUUAUUAUUUGCCAACUCAAGAAGUCCAAUUACUUAAUAUACCGUAACCUGAAUUUUUAAGGAUUAGUCAUAGUGUGGUUGGUAAAUUACUAGUUUGUACAGUACCAAAAUAGAAAGCUUAACACAGUCAAUAUUCCUAUAUAAAACUCUUGUUUGCUAAACUGAAGUUUCACUGUAAAAUGUAUUAAACUUUUCAUUCACAAAAGUCCAUCACUAAUGCACUUUUUUGCCUCAUUGACACUCAGUCUUCCUCCUGGGGCUACAAACAGUGAAGAUUGAUGAUGGCUUUGAAUGAGUGAUGUCUUUUGAAUGUAUUGUAUUGCUUCCAGACUGACUGAACAACUGGUUUUAAUCAUAGGGAAAUUUCUUGAAGUUCGAAUUCAGUUGAGGGUGCUUAUUUUAAGAGAAGUCACAUACAAAAGUUUAUCAGUUUUUGUAGUUAAGUCAAAAAAGUCUUUAGGUUUCAUGAUAAGCACUUCACAGGGCGGAAGACUUCAACACUGCAAAUCGUUUCAGCUACUUAUUCUGACACCAGAAACCAAGAAUUUUAAUUCUGCAGUAUCGACAUUUAUUUUUGCAACUGCAUCAGUUUUAACCAGUAACAUCAUCCGAUUUUUAUUCUUCUCUCCACAGUUAUCUAACCAUAUUUGCAAAUUUCGUUUUGCAGUGGUACAGGAGGAAAGAACUUUCAUCACACAAGAAGCGACCUGGUUCCACCAUGUCCGCCAUUGCCCUUGUGCCGCAAGCACAUGAUAUUGCACCCUGUGUGAAGACUUUGAGAUCAAAAGUUAUAAUUUGAAAGUUUCCGAAAGUAAAAUAUGUUGGAGUGUGUUAGUGUACAAAUGAAAAAAAACUUGUUGCAUGUCGAUAUUCAAAGUGGAUGAUGGACUCGAGGGCAUACAUGAUUCGAUGUUGCCACAGUUCAGAUCACUUGUAGCCUUUUAGGCAGUGUGAAGGUGUAGUUCACUACCAUAUCUAAGCAACACAUGUGGCAACUAGUUUUGGGUGAAGUGGACUUCCAAACUUUUCCACAGCAUGGUACAGGAGCUAUUUAGCUGGAACCUUUUCAAGCUGCUCUAAUUCCAAUUGGCCUUUGCUGUUGGUACCAUAUGCACGAUUAAAAAGCAACUAGUGGCAGUUACUACCUUUCCUAUGUCAAUGCCUCAAUUAAUAUACUUAAGUUUUCAUAAUUAUAUUCUGGAAAAUUCCUAAGUAAAACAAAUAACCAAACACCCUAUGAGACUGGGUUUUUGAUGCUCAUAGGGAAACAAUAAAUACCAUUUUCUGGGUGAAGAUAAGUUUGAUCUAAGAAACAUGUAAGUCACUUUUCUGAUGUUAUUGAAGCUGUAGAUUUUGUCUUAUAUAUAUUGGGUAUUACACUAUCUAUCCAUCAGAUCAUGAUUUUUUUUUCUUUUACGAUAUCAAUUCAUUUGAUACCCCCAUUUGUCAGUUUCCACACAAACAUCAUAUUUUCUAUCGUAAUUUAUGGCAAUGUAUUCAUCCAUAAAAGAGUAGAAAGUGAUUAUUGCUCACUUUAUAUCUGUUUGAAACACUCUGAUGUUUUCAUUCCACUUCUGCAUGUAUCACCUGCAAAGAUAAUAAUUAUUUCCCACUAAUUUCAACGAUUUUCUUAAACUUGAGCUGAAUGUUAUCAGGGAUAUAUAAUGUUUCAUAACACAUUUCAGUACAAACAUAGUAAAAGUGUGUUGUUAAUGUGUCCUUGGAUCAUAUAACCCUCUUACUUUUAUUACUGUGACAGGGCUAAGACUCAUUAAAGAACUGUUCUAAGGGGAAACAGUAAUUAUCAGACAUCAGUACUUUGAAAUUUGUUUUUCAAUGUUCUCAGUGUCAUUAAGAUGAUGUUUUCAUAAGAAACUUGUUUGCUCUAGUGACUCACCUUAAUGAAUUUCAAAUUUAGCUGGUAGUACAAUAUCAAACUCAGAGCAUGUUAUAUUGAAAUAUAAGAAUGAGGUAUUAGUGUUCAGUUUAAAUGAGAAACUACAAGUGGUAGAGCUUCAAACAUCUGUUCUUAUAUAUGUGGAUACUUCUACAUUUUACUGAACCACUGUGUCUGCAUAAAAAGUAAUGUGAGAAUGUGUGUGUGUGUGUGUGUGUGUGUGUGUGUGUGUGUGUGUGUGUGUGUGUGUGUGAGGAGAGGCUCAUAGAGAGAGAGAGAGAGAGAGAGAGAGAGAGAGAGAGAGAGAGAGAGAGAGAAGUGAACUUGACUGUCCACAAGCUAUGAUACAAUGUUUGAAAUAUGAACACACUUCUGAUGUUUACCUGUUAUAACCCCAUUCAAAGUAUUAACUAAUAUUUAGUUUCAUUUCUUCAUUUCAUGAGAUCCAACAAAUAUCUAUGUAAUUUUAUCAAUUUAUCAGUAAUUCUGUAGGCUGUUCUCAGCAAAAACAGAUUUUCAUACUUAUAUAAAUUUGUCUCUGAUAAUUUGUAUUUUCAUUUUUCCUUACUCAUUGCCCAUUAACAUAAAAUAAUUUUCAUCAUUUGGAAUGAGAAAAUGUGCUCCAACAUGUAGGCUGAAAUCCAUAUGUUAUCUCGUUCUCUCAGUCUCUGUGUCUAUAUGUCUGUCUGUCUCUCUCUCUCUCUCUCUCUCUCUCUCUCUCUCUCUCUCUCUCUCUCUCUCUCUCUGUCUGCAUGCAACAUCAUUAACAUUAUUUAAAUACUACCACGAGGAUUUUUAAGUUACCUGAAACCUGUAUUCCUGUAUUCAUUUAGUGCAGAAGUGUCGAUUAUUAGAGUGGAGAAAAGGAAAUGAAAUAUAGUAAAGCUUAUCAAACCAAGAUUUGUGCAUUUGUUUCUUUUAGGCUGGACUAGAAGUUUAUAUUAAGACUAACAUUACAUAUUAAUCAUUUUCAUUAUGAAGUUUUUGUAUUAUUCUGUGAUGUCCUUAUAAUCACUGAAGCCAAAAUUCGCAAGUUAAUAGUGCUACACUAUGUAAGUUUCUCUGUACCCUCCACAACUAACAAGACAGAGAACUUUGCAUUCAAGAGUACAAUACAAUCGUCAACGUGUGCCAUUUCAUAUUUCGGUGAAUUAUGACCAUCUAUAACAGCUGUGCAGCUGUGAAUUAACGGAAAUUGUUUUUUAUAACUCAAACCUGAGAUGCAUACACCUGUAGAGAAGUGUUCCACAGCUCAUAAAAUCACUUAACAAUACUUUUUUAAUAAAAAAUGUUCUUUUCUAUAUAAAGCAAGUAGGAGACUAUAUUGCUUCAAGUAUUCCAUCACACAUGUUCACAAAUUCCUCAUUGACAGACAUCAUAUUCCUCCAUAAAGCUUAUCAGUUUCAAUAUUUAUUAAAAUUCCAUUCACAGAAAUCGGAUUAUUAUUUUUCUGUUAUAAUUUAAUUUGCUUAUACUAAAAAUAUUGUGUAAUGUUUAUCAGACCUGCAGGAAUCUACUUACAAUUAAUGUCAUCUAAAAUUAGGGAGAAUUAUUAAUGCUGCUCGAAAUUCUCUCUCGACAUUCUGUCCAAAAAAUGUGAAAACAUGAACAAAUUCUUGGAGACACAAUAUUUCACUGUUUUUCAUGUGUAAGGAGUACUGGUUUUGAUAAUUACAUAAAACUUAACCAAACUUCUCCCCCAAUAUGAUAAAUAAAAUUACUGAAAUGAAUUUGUUUUCUCUAAUUUGAGAAUAUGUCAGAAUAUUUUAUUCAGAUCAUAAUGAUUGUACUGAUAGCAGCAUGUAUAUAGUCAGAUUUCUUUAAAAUCAUGCCAAUGUAUUUAGGAUAUUUAGAAGAACUGGAAUUUCAUCUUUUAGUAUACCUCAUGUAAUUAUUUAUUGGGUACAUAUUUGACAUUUUGUACUAGGCAUAUAUAAGAUAAGAUACAAUUUUUAUAUUUUUUGACAAGCUGCGUAUUCUACUUCAUUGAUAUGACAUUUUAAAUAGUUAUUAAUCUGCAUUUCCUUUAAAAAUAUUACAUUUAUUAUGGAUGAAUAUAAAAAAUUCGAAACAGAACUUCAGUCCCCAUUAUUCCAAAUGGAUCACAAACUGGUUCACAACAUGGCUUUCAUAAUUAUUUAUAUCAAUACCAACAUGAAUUCUGCUAGUCAUACAGAAAAAGUAAUGUAACAUACCCUAUUUCUGUGAUGUCUGAAUAUCUUCUGUUUGUCUUCAAAAAAGACACAUAUUUAUUAUCUGUUUAUAUCAACAGACUCAAGUCCUAUGCUCAGUUUUAGCCACAUUUGUAGAUUUAGGCUACGACUCAGAAAUUUGAAAGAUGUUUCGAAGUCUCCAACAAGAUAAAUAAGUAGUAAAGUGUAUGGAAGAUAUUUCUCUUCAUCACAUAAUGCUACUCAUUCCUCUAAUCUACAAUGGUAAUUUUUGUUGUCAAUGACUUCAGUUUUAAUAUGCAACUUCAGUUGUCCAGUUGGACUAAGUGCCCUUUAUCAUAAUAAAUCCUUCUACUUAGACAAAAACAUUAUCUUGCAGGUGACCUCGGCAUUUUGUGUUUCAUGCACGAAAUCUUACAUGAUGCAGACUAUCAUGUUUCAUAAAUUACUAAACACUCUUGACUGCAGCAGUAAAGGAAAAGAAACGGUCUAACAAUUAAAACUUCAAGCACCUGAGAAAACUCAUACAUGAUUUUAAGCACUAGUGGAAUAUACAGGUUAAAACAUUUCUUUGAUUUUAUAUAUAGCACACUUCCUAAAAGCAGAUAUAAUUCCUUUGUUCUUUAUAGUAGGUAGUCAGUCAGUGUGAACAGAUAUGCAGUUGGGUGAAUUCUGUUUUAUGGAUGAAUCUGCCAUAUUAUAAUGUGUUUCACUGAUAGACGUUUUCUGUAUUUCAUUCAUGUACUUAUAACUAUUGUAAACCACAUUUACCCAGCAGUCCGUAUCCACAUAUUCUCAUGCAUUAUUCAUAGAUUUUUUUUACUCAUUUGAGAAAAAAAUUCGGGUGUUUGAGUGAUAUACAGAAAAUGAAAGAGUUACAGAUAAGUCUAGCCAGACUAUUUGGGAUCCCUUAAAAAUUGCAUAAGUUUAUCUUCUACAUUGUAUUGUAGUCUGUCUUAAUUAAGUAAAUUAACUAUACUGUAGGCAUGCCUUUAUCGAAAAAGGUAACUGUGCAUUCAUUGUGUCCACUGUAAUUAUUAUCAAAGACAUGUUUGUGAGAAACGUUUUUCCCAAUUUCCAUUUGUGCUCAGUUUUUCCUUACAUCAAAAAUGUGAAAAAAGUGUUUUUCAUUUCAUUAUCAAUAUAAAAAUUAAAUAAACGAUAUUAGUGAGGGGACAGACCACUUCUUACAGUAAUGAUGGCAUGGUGAGUUACAGACAAUCACAGUCAAAAGACUGUUAUAAAUUUAGUUUUCGGUCAAAGCCUUCUUCAGAAAAGAGAAUGCACAAAAAUUCACACAAGCAAGCACACCUCACACACACAUAACCCCACCUCUGGCAUUUAGGACCAGUCUGAGCUGAAGGAGAUGGCGGUCAUGAGUGAGGAGUUCUUGCUUGUAUGAGUAUGUGUGUUACUUUCUGCAGAAGGGUUUAGCUGAUAGCUAAAUGUGUAACCGUGUUUUUCUUUCCUAUCUGCAACACAGUAAUUUGUGAUCUUUUGCUUUCCUAAUAUUGUUGAUAUUCUAACUUGGAGUGCCUGUUCUUCAAAAAUUAAAUAGUUAUUUUUCCCUUGUUGUCUGAAAGAUAAACUUAUUUAAUUUUAGUUUUAAAAACUGAUGUACUUCCACUACUCUAAAGCAUAUGGAAAGCACUUUGACAAAAUUAUUCUAUAUUAAUUAUUUGAAUAUGUGAAUAUACUAAAAUUCUGUAAGUUGACUUUUUGUGUUAUUAGCAAGUAAGACAUUUACAUUUUGAUUCACUGUCAAAUACAUUGUAACACUGAAUAGCCAUCUUUGAAUUGUGAAGUAUGUAAAAACGUUUUCCUGCACACAGAGAAACGAUGGUGUGCUAUCAUUAUUAACACCCAUGCUGUAAGUCAAAGAUGGCUAAGGUACUAAUUACAUUUUGUUGUUUGCCAUUUACAUUUAGUUCACAGUUCCCUUUUCUAUACGAAGUCAUGACUAGUCAACCAAUAUCAGUUCCUCAGCAGGUGUAACUUGUGUGGCUGUUACCUGUUUAAUCAAUAUAAGCUAUAUUACUUUUCAAAAGAAUGUUGAAUAAGGUGUGUUUGUGAAAUCGCCUGAAUGCGGAUUUUGUUUGUAUGAGAGAGUGAUAGGGAGACAAAAUAAGAAAAAAAGGGAAUAAUGUGUGAAUGUUCUUCCUGGAAAACGUGUAAAAUCAAUUUCACUGUGGUAUUUAGAGUUUGCUGUACUGUUUUACAAGUCCUGGGUUUUGAAGCAAAACUUGGGAACCAUUUAUAUGAUAGUUCAGUGUGUAUUCAAAGAAAUAGAAUAAAAAAUACAUGAACGACGCACAUUAGGUACAACUUUUUGUAAUAUUUACUCCAUAUUAUUAUAUUAAAGGAAAACAAAAAAAGAAUAAUAAAUUUGUAAAAUGAUGUUAAUAAAACUUUGUUUCUUAAAAAAUCAAAGAAGCUAAAAUAAAUAAAAAGGACAUUCUUAUAAUAUUUGUAUGUAUAAUAUAACCUUACGGGUAUCAAAUACAGAUGACUUAUGAACCUUCCAUGCAAAAUGGGUUAAUGACAACAUUUUUUAACAAGAUAAAAAUUCUCUCAGACAGCAUAUGAAAUAAUUCAACAUUUAUACUUUGCUAAAGACAACAAGAACACAAACAAUAUUAUAAUACAGCCACACUAACAAUGAGAAGUAUAACUACUAAAUUAAAUAUAGAAAUUAAAACAGAAAUCUCAGUUUUCUUCGAUUUUAUGUGAAACGACUUUCUGAUCCACUACCAAAGUUUCUCAUGGCUGCAUGACACUUAUGCAUUGUAUCAUUGGAGACACCAUGAGAAUACUCCAACCAUCUAUUUUUAAAGUAGGUUUUUAUUUUUAGGUACUGAAGUAAUAAUUAUGAAACUAUUUUCUCUGGACAGUUACUAUUCCAGUAACAGUAUUCACAAAGUUAGUAACUGAAAAAUGUUACUCUCUUCCCAGUUUUAUGCAUUCCCAUAACAUGUAUUCAUUAAAUGUAAUACAUGAAAGACAAUGUAUAUAUUGCUAAUAACAAACUGCAAUUCCACAGAUUGUCUAACAGGCCAUAAUAGUAGUAUGGUAUUUGUUACAUUUGAUUUAAAAAAGGGAUAGUGUUUUUAUUUAAAAUUAUUGUCGAAACCAAUCUCAGUCUAGAGGUUCUUCUUUUCCCCAGGGUGACUGUGUACAACUCAUGUACUCAGGAAUUUAGUACUAAUAUUUCUCUCUGGGUCAACAAUAAAUAACGUAGCAAAGUGAUGAAGAAAAUAUUAGACAGUUAAGUUAUCAGAAGCUGAUAUUUGCUGUGCAAGGUAAAUAAAUUCAUGGCACUUAUUUAGUUAUUUUUUAAUUUUGUGUAACAGGCACGGUAAUCUACUGUCAUCAUUUCUACUGCAGUAACAAAGUAAAAGUCAUACAUUACAUAUCUGAAAUAAAAAACACAAGAAGCCUUACACUCACACAUAACUAUGUUUAAAUAUCUGUUUCUUUUAUCUGUAUCAUGUUUUCAGAGAUACAAGAUGUAAAAGUUUUUUUCAUGCAAUGUCAAACUAUCAUUGUAUUUUACAUUUUUCUCUGCAUUAGGCAAUGUAAUAUAAUUUCUGCAAGAGGGAAAGCAAAUAGUGUUCACAGGUAAGCAAUACUUAAAUUAGGCAUUGAUAUUCCAUACAAUUUAUGUAAUAUGUAUUGACCAUUGUUUGUGACUAUCAUAAAUAUGCUCUUUAGUGUACCUAAUAAACGUAUCUGGCAUUAUUCACAGCUUUAGUGAAGUGGCUUGGUACAUAAAUGUAUUGUUUUCUUGUACGUAUGUUAAGAAUGUUUUAUACCAAAUACCAUAAAAGUUAUUAAAGAACUAAAUAAAAACUGUUAC